AUGUACCCCCUAGAUCCUAGAGCAUCGGCUGAUUCGCAGUUGGCUCUAGGACCGCGUAGUGUACCACCCCCAACUAUGUGGUCUGCCCAACCGGCACUGAAGGUGACUGUAUAAUCAUGGCAAGGGUAGGUCACCCAUGUCAACUGCCUUAGGCGCCUCCAGAGUGGAAACUCUUUACGGAGCCGACUCCGAGGUUAUGGCCGAGGCCAUAUAUAAAGUUGACCUUCCACUAGUGAGUCUGAAGAACACCCAGUCCGAAACGCUUACUAGACCACUACUGGCUAAGAAAAGGUCGCGAGAGAGAGCCGUACAUGGCGAUCUAGGAAAAGUGUUGUUCAAAGAAGAAAGAAAAGCUGCCGCAGAAAGAUGGCCAUGUAAGCAAGGUGAGGAAUUAAGAGUGUAUUCCAUCAAAGGCCAGAAAACAGCGCUCCCCGUAGUUGCUGGAUGUGGCCAAUCCGUGUUUUCAAAGGGGAGUGGCAAUGUUGGAUACCGGAAUACGGGUAUGGGCAAGUUGACAGUAAUUCCUAAAAAGAUCUUACCAGGGAAAGGUUUCAAAUUUCCAUGGAACUCAGAGUAG